CUAAAUUUCCCCUUCUUCUCCCUCUCAAUUUACUUUCUUCUCUAAUUUGCUCAAAAAAAAAAAAGAAAAAAAAGAAAACUCCAUCAAAGAUACCAGCACCAGCUGAACUGUAUGUAAGUCACAGAUCAAAUUAAACCAAAAAAAAAAAGAGGAAAAAAAUGGAGGAAGAAGAGCGUUUUCCUCCAUUAUCUUCUUCUUUCGUUCUUAAAGACAUCUCCAAUUUCAAAACCCCAAAACGCAUUCCUAAGAAUCCUCAAUUCUUCACCGCUUGUAAUGAAACUCCGAGGUCAUCCUCGUCAUUUCGUUACCGUUCUCAGCCUUCCCUUGUCCCUUCCUCUUCCCGCUCCAAAGCCAAAGCCAAGCUCAAAGCCUUCCAGUUGGAGCGAUCUCAGUCCGCUUGCAAAGAGCAACUCAAGAAGGACCGAUCGCUAAAGUCUUUGGCUAAAUCUCUCACUGCUUGGCUCAAUUUCCUCUUUCAGAAUCCGGAGCUUUGCGGCUGUGAUUUGUCAAUUAAUGGAUGCAAUGAGAGUAAUGUUGUGCGAGUGGACAGUGCCUGGAGAAGCCCGAAAAGGAUGAGAGAGUUGUGGUGGAGAGGGGAGGAAUCUGAAAAUGUUGUUGCGGAUGUUUCAAGUUUGAAGUACUCGAGUUUGAGGUCUUCGUUGAAGGAAGUAUGUAGUUUUGAUGAAUUGAAGCAGCGGAUGCAGGUUUAUUUGAGUUUGGUGAGCUGCAAAGAGGUUUUCAAUGUCAUGACUCAAGCAGCUAAGAAUAUAGAUGGAGGGAGGUUAAAGAUGAAAGCAAAUUGUCCUAUAGUUACAGAUGUUGGAGUUAAGGAAAAGGCUACUAAAAUUCUAAUGUCCUACAACCCAAUUUGGCUUCGAAUUGGGUUGUAUAUUAUUUUUGGUGGUGAUUCCCUGAUAUCACCCGAGGGAGAUUUUAGUUCUGUGAAAGAUAUUUCAUUUUUGAAGAUGAUAAUAGAAAAGCAAUUCUUCUCGCACACUGGACUUGCAAAGGCUUAUGCCUAUAACAAGAAGGUGGAAGGUUUGUACAGACCAGGAUACUACGAGAAUCUGGGGAAUAUUAUAUUGAAGAGAACUUUAUUGCUUGUUCUUAUCCUUGACCGAGCUAAAUCUCAGACCAGUCUUCCUCUUAAUUACGGUAUUGAUGGAGUGGAUGGAGGUUCUCCUCUUCUGUUCACAGUUUCGUCUGGUAUAAAAUCAAGUCGUCAGGUCCUUCAUAAUUUCUUAUCAUCUGAUGUUAUGCAAGGAGAAGGUGAUCUUCUUGCACAUCUAGUGAUUGUAGGGUAUAAAGUUUCUCAUCAGCAGUCUGCCCUUGUGGAGUUUGAUUUCCAAGUAUCAGAUUUAUUCUUGGAUUUUCAAGAUGGUGUGCGGCUCUGUAGAGUUAUUCAGCUUCUGCGACAUGAUUCCUCUAUCCUCAUGAAAAUAGUAGUUCCUUCAGACACCCAUAAAAAGAAUUUGGCCAAUUGUGGUGUUGCCCUGCAAUAUUUGAGAGAGGCUGGUGUCAUGCUAUGUGAUGAAGAUGGAUUGAAGAUUACAAGAGAUGAUGUUGCUGACAGAGAUACGGAACUCAUCUGGAAUAUAUUUGUUCGUUUACAGUUGCCACUUCUGAUUGACAGGACAACCAUUGCUAGUGAAAUAUCCAAAAUACGUGGCUUUAAUAUGGAUAAGUUGAAUGUAAUUAAUUCCACGAAUUUGGGAAUGCUUUUAAACUGGAUCCAGGCAAUUUGUGAAAAUUAUGGUCUUAAGGUUGACAGCUUUUCUUCACUGGUUAAUAGAAAAGCCAUAUGGUGCUUGCUUGAUUAUUACUUCCGCAGAGAGCUUUCUUGUUCUAACAAGGACUCUCAUGAAACAAGAGAUGAGAAAUCAAUCAUGUCCACUACUGAUUACACAGAUGCAGUUCACAAUUUUGUAUUAUCACAGAAACUAACAGCAAUAUUGGGAAAGUUUCCUGAGGUAAUGCUACUUGAAUUAAGAACAAAAUCAGCAAUAAUUAUUCAGAGUCAUGCACGGGGAUGGAUUGCUAAGCGAGAAACUUACAGACAGAAGCAUUGUAUUGUUGUAAUACAAAGACAGAGCCGUGGUUGGCUUGUAAGGAAGGAUGUUUUGUUGAGAAGGGAUGCUGUAAUAAAGAUCCAAAGAGCAAUAAGGAGCCUAAUAUGUCAGAAGGCCUUUCAUUUACAGAAACUGGCAGCUAUAGAUAUUCAAAUGGGCCAAAUUGCUCGAAGUAGGCUUUUAGGGGCAACUUCUGCUCAGGCAGCUGGUGGUGGUGCCUGCAAUUGUAACAUGUCAGGAGGCUUCGUCCGGCGUUUUGAAUUAACAUUAGUGAUUAUUUCAGUUCUGAAACUGCAAAGGUGGUGGAGAGGUGUUCUGUUACUUAAAUCAACAGCAAGGUCAGUUAUCAUUAUCCAGACUCACGCACGGGGGUGGAUUGCUAGGCAAAAAGCGUAUAGAAAGAGGACUUGUAUUGUUGUAGUACAAUCAUAUUGGAAAGGUUAUGUUGCUCGGAAAGAAUCAAGAGAGCAGCUAUUGAAUUUGCGCUUGAGAAUGCAAAAGUCUGCUAUGAAUGUUGAUGAUAGCAGACGUCUUAUUAACCGCCUUUUGUCAGCACUUUCGGAACUACUGAGCAUGAAAAGCAUCCGUGGCAUUCUUCACAACUGUGAGACCUUAGAUAUGGCUACAGCUCAUUCUCUGAAAUGCUGCGAAGAACUUGUGGCUGCCGGUGCAAUCACCAUUCUACUAAAGCUGAUUCGUGCCGCCAGUCGUAGCAUACCCGACCAACAGGUUCUAAAGCAUGCACUCUCAACACUUCGAAACCUCGCACGUUAUCCGCAUUUGACACAAGUGUUAAUCGACAGUCCUGCAUCUGUAGAGACAAUCUUAUGGGAGUUGCACAGGAACAAGGAAGAAGGAUAUUUUAUUGCUUCACAAAUCCUGAAGAAGAUAUGUUCAAAUGAGAAUGGUGUGAUAACUGUACACAAGUUUCCUGCUCUUUUGAAGAGACUAUACAAUCUUGUUGAAGAACUCACAAGGAAAGCAUACAAUGAAAAAAGGAAUCCCCGUGCUGUUGCUGUAAGAGACAACACAGAUAGAAGAAGACUGAAGGCCGUGGAACUUCUUAAACUAAUAACAAAUGGUUAUAAAUCCAGCAAAUUGCCAAUCGCUUUUGCGAUGUGAAAGAAGUUUUAUUUACGCUUUAGUAAGGAUCUAACUAACUCCCUAGAUUUUCCAUAUAUAGUGUGCCAGACUGCCAUUGAUGCGUUUAAAUUGGUGGUGCAUGAUCCGUGCUCAAUUGUGCAUGUUUUAACAUAGGCAAUUUUGUUGCCUGUCAUUUUGCCAGUUUGAUCUUUUUAGUUUAAGCAACUGUAGAGAUGAAAAUGUAGUGUCAAUCUGUAGUUGAAUAUUAGAAACAGAAAUCAUUUAACUAUCCCCAACUUAAAAGAUAGAAGGUUAAAACUAA